AUGAGCAAUUGCCGCUGGGCUAUGCUGCUGUUGCUGCUGGCAACUUCCAAUGCAGCAGAGACAAGCAACAGCAGCAACACGGCCGCCGCCGCCUUGCGUGGCAACUUUGGGUUCCAGCAACAUUUUGGCAAUAUAACGAUACUGCAUGAGGUAAAGUCAGCGGAGGCGGAGGAGCUGCCAUUGCAGCUGAAUACGCACGAAGUGUUGCCGCUGAAGCCGUUGAAAAAGAAACCCUAUUUACCGUUAGAGAAGGUGCUGCCAGUGCUGGACUACAUCAAGCCGCAGCCGCUAAAGGAAUACGAACUGCAUCCGGUUACUUUCGAUUUCAAUUUGGGUGACUUGGAGGAUCUGGAGCAUGAGGUCAUUAAAAAAGCUGAGCUCAAUAGCGAGGAGCAGCAUGUGCUGGCCACAAAUGUUGAAGACAACGAUACAGUUGUUGUUGACAUUGCUGAGCUGACAACAGAAGCAGCAGCAGCAACAGCUGCCACAACAACAGCAACAGCAGAAACAGCAGCAACAACAGCAGCUGUUGCCAGCUCCACGCCCAGUUCACAUAUUCUAAAGAUACUACGCAGCAAGCCGCCCACAAAAAAGGGGCGUGAGCUGCUCAAAGCAAGCGAUUUGGAUUUACAGCUCAAGACUUUGGGCAGCACCAUCAACAGCAUUAGUCACUAUCUGGCCAACAAUAGUGCAACAUUGGCUAACAGCAGCAGCAGCGGCAGCGGCAGCGGCAGCGUUGGCGGCAGCUUGGCUGAGUCGCUUUAUGGCUCUGCUAACUAUUUUCAAAUUGUUACCAAUCUCUAUGAUCAUUUCUAUUGGCAAAUCGCUGAGAUACGCACAAAUGUGCGCAAUGCUUGCGCCUUGGAGAUGCAAGCGUAUCUCACAGCUUUGCAUUCGAGCUACGAGUGGGCGCAGCGAGCCUAUGACGCCUCUGGCCGCUAUCGAGGUCAACUGCUGUUCGGCAAUGACAAGUGGCUGGGGCAAUUGACCUUCUGCCUGGAGCUGAAUCGCCAGCAGGGGGAGGGGGAGCGCAAGCACAUCGAUCUGGAGUUCUUUGUGGCAGACAUAAUGCUGCACUUGCCGCAGCUGAACUUGACGCAGCAGCGGCAGCAGUUCCUCAGCCUGGGCGAGUGUCUGCCCAAGUCCUGUACGCCACACGAUGUACAGUCCGUGUUGACGCUAGAUCCUUAUGCCAGGAUGCUGACCAUGCUGGCGGGGCACAAUGCCAGCAAUGUGCAGCAGCCGGCGUUGCAAGUGCUGCGCGUGCGCACUGUGCCGGGUCCCUAUAGCCAUUGGCAGCAGCUCAAGUUCCAGGUGUUUAUCAGCUUUUUGCUUACACUGCUGCUGGUCAUGAUUGUGGCCACCUACUAUCAGCUGAAGAUCGAUGAGCGGCGUCUGGUGGCGGCGCCCAUACCCGCCAUAAGCGCCAAGUGCGAUGCGGCGCUCAAAGGCGGCAAUGGCAGCUCCGCGGACACCGCCUACUAUGGCAAGCCCUUUGAGCUCUUCCAGAUGCGUCCGCUGGCCAGCAAUGGCAUCGUAGCCAGCGAUAGCUCCUCACUCGAAAUGGACUUGAAUGGCAACAGGCAGCGUGUGGCAGAAGUUGCCGCUGCCGCUGCUGCUGCUGCUGCUGCAGAGACGCAAGCUGCGGAGCCAACAACUUCCAAUUGCGAUUCGCUGGGCAAGAGCGAAAUGAAUGAUUACCAAGUGGAAACGGGCAGCUGUGCGGGUGUUGCAGGCACCUACGAGGCGGAGCAGCCAAUUGCUUUACAUCAGCAGCUGUUGCUCUGCUUUGCACUGCAAACAAAUGCGAAGGCCAUACUAAACAUAGACAAGACCAAGGAGACACACACAUCCUGUUUGCAUGGACUGCGCGUCUUCUCAGUGCUUUGGACGAUGAUGGUGCACACAUAUUUGCAAAUGUUUGCAAUUGGUGAAAAUAAGUUUGAGCGCGUGAUAACGGAACGUUCAUUCUGGUAUCAGGUCAUAGGCAAUGCCACCUUCUCGGUCGAUUCGUUUUUCUUCAUCAGCGGCCUGCUUGUCACUUUGCUGUACGUUAAACAGGAGCGCAAGUGUCCUGCCGAGCAUGGAAAAUUCGUUAAACGCAGCUGCAUGGAAACAUUAAUGCUUCUCCUUUACCGUUAUUUGCGCUUGACGCCCGUCUACCUCUUUGUCGUACUCUUCAAUGAUUUCGCUGUGAGACAGGGCCUGGACUCUUCGGUUUUCCAGCCUGCAAAAAUCGAGCACAACACUUGCCGCAUCUACUGGUGGCGCAACAUUCUCUAUAUAAACAACUUCUUUCCACAGCAGGAGAUGUGCAUGAUGUGGAGCUGGUACAUGGCCAAUGAUAUGCAAUUCUAUGUCAUGGCCUCACUGCUGCUCGCGCUGUCCAGAAAAUACUUUAAGGCCAUUGCUGUGACGUUGUUUGUUUUCCUGAUUAGCUCCUGGAGCAUGGCGGGCAUUAUAUCCUUGCAACAUCAGUAUACCCAUAAGGUGGCGCUGCCCUUUGAGUCCUUUGACUUUCUAUACGACAAGCCCUGGCAACGUGUGGGCGCCUAUAUUGUAGGCAUGUUUGCUGGCUAUGCGCUGUACAAACUGAAGACGCCACCAAAAAUCUCCAGACGGAUGAAUCUAACUCUUUGGGCCGCCAGUUUGCUCACACUGCUGCUCGUUGUGUUUGGCGUGUGGGAGGGUGAACUGAGUCAAGUGAGCACAGCCUUCUAUGUGGGCGUGGCACACACUGCCUUUGGCUGCGGCCUGGUGUGGAUUGUCUUGUCCUGUUGCUGGGGCCUGGCGCCCACAGUGAAUGCGAUUCUCUCCUAUCGCGUGCUCUGGCCACUGUCUCGACUGACUUAUUGCGCCUAUCUGAUCCAUCCGAUUAUAAUGUUUAUAUGCUCGUCGCACAUGAGCGGAACGGUGCAUCUGAACAAUCCGAUGAUACUGACCAUGUUUCUGGGCAAUGCUGUCGUAUCCUUUGGCACCGCCUUUGUCAUAUCCGCGCUCUUCGAGGCGCCCGUCAUUCGCAUACUGAAGAUUUGCUUUAAAAAGUGA